AUUCUACUGUCUAAUAUUAUACUUAACUUUUCUGUUCAAGCGCGCCAUACGCAAGCCGCCUAGUAUAUCGGACAGACACUUUCGGUCGAAACCAACGUAGUGGGUCAUGGCGGUGGCACUUGCUUUCCAAAGCCCGGGACCUCAGAAGCGUCGCGAAGGGCGACGCAGCUCCCUGGACAACGGACUUUCGCCCGCUGAGCUGUUCAAAUAUGGGGCUGCAAGGCGACCCGAGGGUGCCGACAAGCAGAUAGUGCACAUGAAAGGGUGCCCUCUGCCGGCGAUGGCUGGCAACAGCCAUUUGCUUAUUGUCAAGGACUUCAGGCAGCACAAGAGGGCACUCCAAUUGGCGAGCGCCUUCUCUGAGACUGCCAAGCUGGCCAAGCGAGUGCGUGAACUGGAAAACGUCGAUGCUGAGCUGGAAGCAUACCGGCAGGUGCUGCAAACUGCUAUUUCCUUCCACCGCCGCCGCAGGGCCCUGUGCCGGCUGGCCUCCAUCAGCGAAGAGGACUGAAUGCUUCAGCCUGCAAGCCGUGCACUGAUGCACUGCCAUCAGUCAACCAAGACACAGAGCUGUGCAACCUGCCGACUCAGUUCCGAGCAGGUUCGCAGGGUCUGAUUUCAAACCGCCUGUGACAGCACAGGCGCGAUACGAUCCGCGCAUCCUAGCCGCGGGCACACAGCAAAUUCAGAUUGAAGCAGGGGGCCGCUCUGCAUAUAGCUUUUCUUGGAGGGUGCAACGCCCGGGGUGCAAGUGAUUUUGUUCUGCUGUUGAGCACUCAAGACAUUUCACAGCUCCAGCCAGAU